AUGCUCAGAGCCACCAAAAUUCCCAAAGCCACCGAGGUGCCCAGGACUGCCAAGAUUCCCAAAGCCACCAAGAUUCCCAAGGUCACCAAGGUACCCACAGCCACCGAGAUGCUCAAAGCCACUGAGUCGAGGCUGGAGCUCCAGGAGGAGGAUCUGGGAGUGGCUGGGACACCCCUGGGGAGCCCCUCCCGGGACGUGCUGCUGGUCUCAGCCAUCAUCACCGUCAGCCUUAGUGCCACCAUCGUCCUCUGCGGGAUCUGCCAGUGGUGCCAGCGCAAGAUGGGAAAGCGUUACAAGACUUCCCUGGAGACCGUGGGAACUCCAGAUUCCAGCCGAGGCCGCAGCGAAAAGAAAACCAUCAACGAUCUAGACAGAGACUUUUGGAAUAACAAUGACAACACAGUGCAGCAGAAAUGGAGCUCCUACCCUCCCAAGGAGUUUAUCCUAAACAUUUCUCCUUACGCUCCGUACGGUGAUCCGCGCCUUUCCCUCAAUGGCUCUCUGUUAUCAGGGGCCAAGCUGACGGCGUCGGCCGCCUCCGGCUUAUCCGGGGACCGGCCUGGGGACAAGCAGCGGCUCGGCGAGGACGGGAUGAGGAGCAGCGUGUCCGCCCACAGCGAGCCCGGAGCGGGAAAGGCGGCACGAGGCCGCUGGCACACGGUGCAGAGCCACUUGGCCGCAGGGAAGCUCAGCCUGUCCAAUUUCGAGGACUCCACCCUGUCCACAGCCACUACCCUUGAGUAUAUCCCCACCUCAGCAGGCGAUCCCAAAUUCCAGAGGCCCCGCACGCUCAUGCGCCAGCAAAGUCUGCAGCAGCCCCUCAGCCAACACCAGCGUGGCAACCACAGCCAGCCCACCACCAGCCAGAGCCUGGGCCACCUCCAGGCCCACAGCGGCCCCUCCGGUACUGCUGCCAACUCCCGCGGCACCCGCGGCGGCCAAACGCGCCAGGGAACAGCCGCCGGCUCCAAGCAACGCAUGGCCGGGGGCCGGAGCCGCUCCAACCCCGGCAGCUGGGACCACGUGGUGGGGCAGAUCCGCAGCCGCGGCUUGGACAUGAAGUCCUUCCUGGAAGGCCGGAUGGUGGUGUUAUCCCUGGUUUUGGGACUCUCAGAGCAAGAUGACUUUGCCAAUAUUCCCGACCUGCAACCCGCUGGGACGCAGCCGAACCAGGCGAACGCUCAGGGGGACAAGAGGUUGCCGGCCGGCGGCAAGGCCGUGAACACGGCACCGGUGCCGGGGCAGCCACCCCACGACGAGUCCGACCGCAAGACGGAGCCUCACUCCUCCGUCUCUGACCUGGUCAACUCCCUGACCAGCGAGAUGCUCAUGCUCUCCCCGGGCUCCGAGGAUGACGAGGGCCACGAAGGCGUGAGCCGGGAGAACCUGGGCCGCAUCCAGUUCAGCGUCGGCUACAACUUCCAGGAGUCCACCCUGACCGUGAAGAUCAUGAAGGCGCAGGAGCUGCCGGCCAAGGACUUCAGCGGCACCAGUGACCCCUUUGUCAAGAUCUACCUGCUCCCCGACAAGAAGCACAAGCUGGAGACCAAGGUGAAGAGGAAGAACCUCAACCCGCACUGGAACGAGACCUUCCUCUUCGAAGGGUUCCCCUACGAGAAGGUGGUGCAGCGGGUGCUGUAUCUCCAGGUGCUGGACUACGACCGCUUCAGCCGCAACGAUCCCAUCGGAGAGGUGUCCAUCCCGCUCAACAAGGUGGACCUCACCCAGAUGCAGACCUUCUGGAAGGACCUGAAGCCAUGCAGCGAUGGCAGUGGAAGCCGCGGGGAGCUGCUGCUGUCGCUGUGCUACAACCCCUCGGCCAAUUCCAUCGUGGUGAACAUCAUCAAGGCGCGGAACCUCAAAGCCAUGGACAUCGGGGGCACGUCAGAUCCCUACGUGAAGGUGUGGCUGAUGUACAAGGACAAGCGGGUGGAGAAGAAGAAGACGGUGGUGAUGAAGCGGUGCCUGAACCCCGUCUUCAACGAGUCCUUCGCCUUCGACAUCCCCACGGAGCGGCUGCGUGAGACCACCAUCGUCAUCACCGUCAUGGACAAGGACAGGCUGAGCCGCAACGACGUCAUCGGCAAGCAUUUCAGCAUUCCUAAGCUUCUGAUGGCCUUGCUCUGCCUGGGCUCCCACACCGGCACCAGGUUUCUUUUUUCACCUGAAACCUUUGAAAGCGGCAAAAAGCGCAGCAAUCCCAGCGCUCCUGUUGCUCGGAGCCGCCGCAAUUCCCAGUCCCGCUCCUUUGAGCUGGCAGCCAGCGGGAGCAGAUGGGAAUAG